UAUCUGUCUGCCUGUCGCUCCUGUUGCAGUCUGCUGUUUCAUGAAGUUCUCUUCAACCAAAAAGUCAAGAUGAGGAAAAGUGGCAUCCUGAGCAAACAGUAUAUGUGUAGGGGCUUAUUCCAGAGGGGAAUAUGGUUCUUUUCUUCCUAUCCUGAAGUGGAGCUGGAAACUGUGACAGUAAAUGUAACCAUUCAGGACUUUGUGGCUGAUGUGGUGUCUGAGCUGGUUUUCCGCAACAUGCAGCAAGUCUCCAAGGAGACCAUGUUCAUCUUUCCUGUGGAUUCAAACACUGUUGUAGACACCUUCCACGCUACCAUGGGGGACUCUUGCAUUGAAGCAAUGCUCUGGGAGAAGGAGGAGGCCCAGAAGCUGUACAAAGCUACUCCAGGCAUGGAGAAUUUAAGAUGCCUGCAGGAUCAGUGGGAUCUCUGGGGUCGUGUGUUCGCUUGUUUCUUGGGAACCCUGCCUCCUAACGGGGAGGUGACCAUCAGCCUGUGCUACGUCCAGGAGCUGCCACUGCAGCCGAAUGGGGCUGCCCAGUUUUGCUGGCCACAUGAACUGUUCCCGUGGAUAAAAUACACCAGUAGGAUCUCUUCCAAGGAGGAGAUGUCCAAAAACCUGCACUUCAGCAUCUCCCUGAAGUCAGCCCGUGGUGUGUCCCAUGUAGUCAUUAACAGCAGCCACACCCCUUUGCAAUACACGGCUUCUGAUCACACAUCUGCUCAGGUAUUCUUGAAAUCAUCACCCUGGAUGCAGGAUGAUCUGAACUUAAUGGUAUAUUACAAAGGGCCUCACACUCUCAGUGCUGUGGUGGAGAGGAGAGAUCCUAAAGCCCCACCUGGCUCUCUGCUAGGACACCCUGUUGUGAUGCUGACACUGAUGCCAAACAUUCCUGAAGUAGUGUCCAGUCCAGGCCAUCUGGGGGAAUUCCUCUUUCUCAUGGACUGCAGCCUCUUCCAGGAUGCACAGAACACACUGUUAUUCCUCCUCAAGAGUUUGCCUCUGGGCUGUUACUUCAACAUCUACAGUUUUGGGGCCACUUUCAAAGCCUUCUAUCCGAAGAGUGUGGAGUACACACAGGAAAACAUGGACAGUGCUGUGGGGCGCAUCUCCUCCAUCUGCCCUGAUCUGGGGGGCUGUGACCUGUUGGGUCUCCUAAGGUCUAUUUACAGCACUCCUCUCCGUUAUGGACACCCCCGUCAGCUUUUUAUCUUCAUUCAAAGGAAGAUCUCCAGUGAAGAGGAAGCUGUCAUGGCUGAGGUCUACCGCUACCGAGACCACCACCGGUGUUUCUGUUUUCCUGCUAACAGAUGUGUCAACUUUCACCUUUCCCAGGCCAUAGCCCUGGAGACAAAAGGUGAAUGUGUGUGCAUCCACUCAAGAGUGGACAUGGCAUCCAAGGCAGUGAAAUGUCUGCAGCGGGCUCUGCAGCCUAUGGCCAGUGGGAUCUCACUACACUGGGACCUUCCACCUGGCCUGGAGGUGUCACUGAUCAGAAAAGCUCCUGAGACGAUCUUCCAGGGACAUCAGAGCUCCAUCUAUGCCCAGAUCCGUGGGCAAGUACAGGAUGCAAAGGUGGAUGAGGGAGCUGUGACUCUUCGGUACCAUGUGGGCAAUCAGUUCUUCGAUUACACACUCAGGUUCUCACUGUCCCCGUCAUCAGAUGACAGGCUGCCAGUGCAUCGCAUGGCCCUGAUGCACCUGCUGUGGGAACGAGCCUGGGAGGGGACAAGCAGGACAGAGAAGGACUCCUGGCAGAGCACAGUGAAGUCCAGCCUCACCCUGGGUGUUCCAUCUCCCUUCACAUCCAUUGUGGCUGUACGGAUGAAACACAGGGACGCCUGGCACCAUGACUCUUCCAUGAUGCUCUCUCCCUCUUUAAACCUGGUUCCCUGCCAGUUGCUCUGGUUGCGUGGAUUCAGGCCUGUGUUGUUCAAGUCCACCAAGUUUUGGAUGGUUCAGAAAUGCCAGUUAUGCCUUGAGAUGCUCGGUCACAAAGCCCCUGACACUGGGAUACUCACCCAGCUUUCGACAUACAGUAAAGAGCAGAAGCUUUCUCCUGAAGAACAGAUGAUGGAUGAACUGCCAGCACUUAACAUCAGUUGGGACUGGGCAAUUUCACCACAGGCAACAAGACUGUGUGACUUCUCUGGGCUCAGGGCAGUGGUGGCACUCCAGAAAGCAAAUGGCUCCUGGGCCCUCACCACAGCUCUGGCCUCUGCCUUGGGGCUCAGCAAAGCUGAUAUUGAGGGACGGAGGCCCAGUGAGGAUGUGGAGCCAGCUGUCUGGGCCACAGUUUUGGCCUUGGUCUGGUUGCACAAAUAUAAGUGGAAGGUACCUUGGUCAGAGCUUCUGGUGGCCAAAGCAUGCAGGUGGCUGCUGGACCAAGCUGAAGUCCAACUGGAUGAAUGUCUGGAUGCAGCAAAUUCCCUGCUGGGCUGCUUUGUGGAGCCCACUGUCUUCAGGAUGUGCACUUACCUCACUGCUGGGGAUGGACAAGAAGCUGGGUGGGAACACAGCCAGGAAAGCUGACUCAAGCUAGUGAAAGGGAUGUAUCGCAUACCAUUAACAUCACACCCUUGUGGGAUGGAGGGAGUGAGUUGCUGGGUGGGUGCUUAGUUGCUGUCCAUGGCCAACUCACCAAAGCUGGUUUGUUCACGUAUUUGUUCUCUCCCAUAAUCACUGUGUUCCGAAAAAUAAUGCUAAUCACAAAUACUAAAAUUUGCUUCAUUUCCAUAUUCUGCUUUUCUCUGAGAUUUACUCAGUCAUCAGUUCAAAAUACCAGACUGCAGGGAGGAAAAUUUGUUAAGAUAAUACAGGAAAACACCUUCAUGUAUCUGACUGUUUGUUUCCCUCCUCCCUUCCUGUGUGCCUUUCUGGCUUUUUAUAGAAAUGUAAGAAUAAUGUUAUUUGCUAGAGGAACUUUUUUUUCUUUUUCUUUCUUCUUUUUUUUUUCCUAAAAAGCAGUUUGUCAAGUAAAGGGGUGUAUUUCACUGGAUCACUGCAGUGUUUACCAUAGGUGCCCAGUGCCAUUUCAGCUGUCCUGAGAUAUCUGAACCACCUGUCAGGUAGGAGGCAGGAUAGAAAGGACUGGUUUUCUGAGGUGACAGCUGGGGAGUGAGUGAAAUACCAUUGUGGAAUGGCAUUUGGCUGCCUAUAUAUUGAAGUCC